UCCCGUCCGGCGGCGAAGGCCACAGACGGCAGCUACCGGCCGCAGCAGUAAAGAUGGCGGAGGAGGAGAAUCCAGUGGAUGAUUUUGAUCAGAUUUAUUUUUUAAAGGACAGACACGUGCGCUUUUUCCAGCGGUGCCUGCAGGUGUUACCGGAGCGCUACUCUUCCUAUGAAACCAGCAGGUUGACUAUAGUAUUCUUUGCUCUCUCUGGGCUUGAUGUUCUCGAUGCCUUGGAGGUCGUGGACAAGCCUAGUUUGAUUGAAUGGAUUUACUCACUACAAGUUGUUCCCACAGAAGACCAGUCCAAUCUUGGCCGAUGUGGGUUUCGAGGAUCAUCUCACAUUGGAGUUCCUUACAGUACCUCAAAGGGCCCUGGAUCUCCUCAUCCGUAUGACAGUGGCCAUGUGGCAAUGACAUACACAGGCCUAGCGUGUCUUAUUAUUCUGGGAGACGACCUGAGUCGGGUCAAUAAAGAGGCCUGUCUGGCAGGCUUGAAGGCCCUGCAGCUGGAGGAUGGCAGUUUCUAUUCUGUGCCUGAGGGAAGUGAGAAUGACAUGAGGUUCGUGUACUGCGCUGCUUGUAUCUGCUACAUGCUGGAUGACUGGUCAGGGAUGGACUGCAUGAAAGCCAUUGAUUACAUCAGGAAAAGCAUGUCUUAUGACAAUGGGAUUGGCCAGGGAGCUGGAUUGGAGUCCCAUGGUGGUUCCACGUUUUGUGCCAUAGCCACGCUGUGUCUGAUGGGCAAAUUAGAGGACAAGUUCAGCGAGAGAGAACUGAACAGAAUACGCAGGUGGUGCAUCCUCCGACAGCAGAACGGCUUCCACGGGCGCCCCAAUAAGCCUGUGGACACAUGUUACUCGUUCUGGGUGGGCGCAACACUAGAGCUUCUAGACGUGUUCCAGUACACUCACUUUGAGAAGAACCGGAACUACAUCCUGUCCACUCAGGACAGCCUGGUGGGGGGCUUUGCUAAGUGGCCGGACAGCCACCCAGACCCUCUGCACACGUACUUCGGCAUCUGUGGCCUGAGCCUGAUGGGUGAGCCCAACCUGCGCAAAGUGCACCCGGCCCUCAACGUCAGCGACAGGGCCUUCGAGUACAUGCAGCAGCUGCACCGGACAUGGAGAGAGAACUGCACAUGACCUGGUGCCCCCCUUACCCCCUGCCCUCUCCCCCAAACCCCCCCCCUCACCCACCCUACUGUCUGCAUCAAGACCACAGCAGCCUACAAGCCAUGUGCAGCCUCCUCUCAGCAAGUCCAGCCUCGCCUCGCCUCUCUGAAGCCCAGCCUCAUUCAUUAUAGCAAUAGAACCUGAGCUGACCAGGACCGCCUCCCGGAACGAAAGGAGGGAGGAAGGGAGGGAGGGACGAGGGAAGGGCGGAAAGAGGCGAUGAAUAAAUUAUACAGUCCGGCUUGAUCAAUUAUUAAACGUUGAACUGUUAGAGCAUCGCUGCUUGGCCUGUGCUGAAAGUUAAUUUUUAGUUGUUUUUUUCCUGUGUGUGGGUCAUCCACAACGUGAACAAGAUUUUUUUUUUUUUUUUUUUUUUUUUAGGCCAUUAAAAAAUGUGAAGCACUUGAUUACAGUCAGCCUUCUCUCCAAGUCACUUUUGACCUCUUGUUUUUGCCUUGUAUUGUGUGAAUAUUUCUUUGUUUUGGCCAGUAUGGAGCUUAAAAGUUGACAGAAGUAUUUGUAUCUGAAUUUUUUAUACAUGAAGUAAACUUACUUCACCUUUAGUAAACUUUAAAUGUUUAAUAGUGUAAUUCAUAAGCUUUGGUUAGUUUUGCUUUUUUGUGUUUUGAACUUUGGGUUAAAAAGUUGCUAAAAAGUUUAAGGAAAUAAAAUAAUAGAUUCCAUACAUUUUCAGAUUAGAAAAAUUGAGGUCUGAAAACAUGAACAUAUUAAAGGUCUAAAAGUAAAAUCUAGAGCUUCCCAGUAAAAAGAAACUUUGUCAGAAUAAUUGAAUGCACCAUUUAUCAUUCAUCAUAUUGAGAUGUUUGUGUAAACCACUUAACAAGUUCAAAACACAUAAAAAGCUUGUUAAAAUUUAAAAAAUCAAGUUCAGAAAAAAAUCUAAAUAUAAAAUAAAUAUAAAAUUCAGAUUUAAACACUUAAAGCAGCUUUUAAAAAGCUUUUAAGCGCCAUACGUAAUCAGUUCACUGAACCGCUUUUUUAUACAUAUAAGCAAUCGAAUAAUUAUAAUUAGGUUAGAAUAUCCAUUCAGUGCAAAGCAUCCUUUAAACAAGGUGUCCAGUCCAGGUUCAGAAAGUAACGAUCCGCCACAGGAUUCCUGAACAGCUCUACUGCAGUCCCUAUUAAAAGUCCAGUAAUCAUACCCUCUUCUACUGGAGACAUGCCUUUUUAAUGUGUGCAGAAUGUGGUUUUGCAUUGUCCUGUUGAAUAAUGCCUGCAUAUCUCUGGAAAAGAUGUUCUGGAGAAAAAAAGGCAGCAUAGGUUGUUCUAAGAUCUCUAUGUACUUUGAUACUUUCUGGAUCUGGAUUAGACACCAUUGCUUUCUUUGAAUAUUCGUUACAAUAGUCUUUAAUAUUCUUUGUUACUGCAAAUAACAUGCAUUGUUAUGUUUUUUAAGUUUUUUUAAAAAAGCAACAGACUUUCUUUUCAUUGAAUGUGCCUCAGCUUAACUAUCUUUGCACCCUACUUUGAAACAAACUACAUUUUGUUUUUCGUUCUUGACUCUUUGCCUCUGUUGCAAAUUGACGUCUCUUCCCAAGAAGACAUUUGAAUGUUCGCUUCGUCAAGGUUAAGGAAAAAAAAAAGAAUUUAUUUUUUCUAUACCUAUACAGAUAUCAAUUUAAAGGGAUGUCCAUGAUGGCGCUCACCUUUUUAUGAAUAUGAAGUGCUGAUACUGUAAAAUUGCAAUUUAUGAGUGUUUAUUCAUGAACUAAGUGAUAGUGUAGUCUCAUAUGUCGGAUAAGUCAACGUUUAUGACUGUGCUGGUGAGGCAGUGCAUAUUUAAUUGGGAAUAAAAUAAAAUGAUAAAUUUC